AUGGAGUUAGCGGAAGGGGGCGAUUUGUUUGACAAGAUCGAGGCUGACGAGGGAGUGGGGGAGGAUGUGGCGCACGUCUACUUCUGCCAGCUGGUAAAUGCAGUUGGAUAUAUGCAUUCCAAGGGAGUUGCCCAUCGGGAUAUUAAACCUGAAAACAUUCUUCUGUCCGCAAACGGGAACUUGAAAAUAGCUGAUUUUGGGCUUGCCACACUCUAUGAGUACCGUGGAGAGACGAAGCUGAGCACAACCCUCUGUGGAAGCCCGCCCUACAUCGCACCCGAGGUCAUUAAGUGCAGUAACAGAGUGGUCCUCUUUGUCCUCCUUGUUGGCAAUACUCCCUGGGAUAGCCCAACAGAUGAUAGCUACGAAUUUGUCGAGUAUGUGAAAACAAACGCCAAGCCAUCAGAUGAGCUUUGGGAACGACUGCCGACGGCUGCACUGUCUCUUCUUCGGGGAAUGAUGAAGGUUAUCCAAUCCUAUAAAUCUAGCUACGACCAUGCUCGAAUCAUUACAUAUUGA